ACCAGUUUCGAGUGUCAGUGUGACAGUUGACUAAGUCUCUUAAUUCAAAAAUACUCGGAUUAGGGCAGUGCUCUUUAUAUUAUAAAAUUUGUAGUUUUAACUAUAAAACAACAUGGAAAAAGUAGGCCUAAGUCCUUGUGAUCCUAGUUCAUUUUCCAGGCCAGAUCAAGUCAUUGUUACUGAUUUAUUGUUGAAUUUGGAUGUUAAUUUUGAAUCAAAAACGUUAAAUGGAAGUACUAUCCUUUCUAUAAAUAAAAUUGAUGAAGCAGCCACAGAAUUGGUACUUGACACAUUUAAAUUGAAUAUAUCGUCGAUAUUUGAUGUUGAUAGUAAAGAAACAUUGGAAUAUACAUUAUCAGAUCACUUAGAAGAUUUUGGAUCUAAAUUAACAAUUCAGUUGCCCCAAAAAGAAGUUAAAAAAAUUAAGAUCGAAUAUGAAACUGCCCCCGAAGCUAGUGGUCUUCAAUGGCUCCUUCCACAAACAACCGCAGGAAAAAUACAUCCAUUUUUAUUCAGCCAAUUUCAACCAACACAUGCAAGAUCUGUGAUACCUUGUCAAGACACUCCAUCUGUUAAACAUCCCUACAAAGCUACAAUUUCGGCCCCAAAGGAGUUGAAAGUUUUAAUGUCGGCUAUCAAUGAAGGAUCCAAGGUGAUUGACGACAAGAAGCAUUAUUUUUUUUACCAGAAGAUUCCAGUGCCUUCUUAUCUUAUAGCCCUUGCUGUAGGUGCUCUUGAAUCUAGACCUUUGGGACCCAGGUCACACGUUUGGGCAGAAAAAGAACUGAUCGAGGAGUGUGCCUAUGAAUUUGCUGAAACUGAACAUCAACUUAAGACUGCCGAAGAUAUUUGUGGACCAUACGUGUGGGGUGUAUACGAUCUACUGGUCUUACCUCCCAGUUUUCCGUAUGGAGGAAUGGAAAACCCUUGUUUAACUUUCGUUACCCCCACUUUAUUGGCUGGCGAUAGAUCUUUAGCUAAUGUAAUAGCUCAUGAAAUAGCACACAGUUGGACAGGAAAUCUGGUAACGAACAAAACCUUUGAGCAUUUCUGGUUAAAUGAGGGUUUUACAAUGUUGGUUGAGAGGAAAAUUAUUAGUAGAUUGGUAUCACCACAAAUGCAAGAUUUUGACGCCUACACGGGCAUAAGUGAUUUAAAAGAAGCUAUAGAAGUAUUGGGUGCUGAUAGUCCUUUAACGCAUCUUGUAGUAGAUUUAAAAGGAGUCCAUCCAGAUGAAGCAUUUUCAACAGUUCCAUAUGAAAAGGGCCAAUCAUUCCUUAGGUAUUUAGAAAAAACUGUUGGUGGUCCAGAUAAGUUCGAGCCGUUUUUAAGAUCUUACUUUGAUACCUUCAAAUACAAAUCUAUUGACACCUCAGAUUUUAAAAAUUUUUUUGAAAAUUACUUUGAAAAUGAACCUGAAAUAAAAAAUAUAGAUUGGGACAAAUGGUUGCACACCCCAGGAAUGCCUUUAAUCAUUCCAGAUUACGAUACUUCCUUAGCAGAAGCCUGUGAUCAACUCUUGGAGAAAUUUUAUGAAUGGACAGGGGAAGGUUGUUUGCCAAUAUCUGCUAAAGACAAGGAACAACUUAUACCGGAACAAGUAAUAUACUUUUUGCAGAAACUGUCAGAAGCUGAGCCUCAACCGAUUGAAAAGCUUAUCGCCUUAAAUAAAUUGUUUGAUUUUGAUAAUGUUAAAAAUUCAGAAAUAAAAUUCCGUUGGCUCAAAACUGGAAUUAAAGCCAAAUGGGUAGAACAAAUUCAAAACGCUUUAGAUUGGGUAAACGUAGUUGGUAGAAUGAAAUUUGUAAAGCCUUUAUAUAGGGAAUUAUUCCAAUGGGACCUUAGUCGAAAUAAAGCUGUUGAUAAUUUUAAAGUUAAUAGGCAUAAUAUGAUGCAUGUUUGUGCGACUACUCUUGCUAAAGAAUUAAAAAUUGAAUAAGUAGUGAUAUGUUAUUUUUAUAGAAAAUAUAUACAUUUUUUAACAUUUAA